CAUUGCUGUCAUCACCAUCGUUCCUGCUGUCCGUUUAUUGUGAACCCUUGGAGUUGUGAUCUGUGGCCAUGGGACAGAGGACAGUUUCUAGGGACCGGGGCUCCAGACACAUCUGGGCUCUACGGCCACAAGUCGACGCUUCUCAACUUUGCUUUGCUGGACUUUAACUGAAGUUCCAUCCAUGAACCGCUCUGCCUCCUUGGACAUCGAGGCCCUGAAGAUGAUGCAGGAGCAGUACACGCUGUCUGCGCAGCCGAGCGGCCUCCCGAGCCCGGACCUCACCGCCAUCCACCCCGUGGGGAUCUAUGGCUGGAGGAAGAGAUGCCUCUACUUCUUCGUGCUGCUGCUGGUGGUCAUCAUGAUCGUGAACCUGGCUCUCACCAUAUGGAUUUUGAAGGUCAUGAGUUUCACCAUAGACGGUAUGGGGUCGCUCAAGGUCAGCGGAGAUGGCGUUCGCCUAGAGGGCGUUGCUGAGUUCCUGUUGCCCCUCUAUGCCCGAGAGAUCGGGUCUCGGGAGGACAGCGCGCUGCUUCUGCACUCGGACCGGAACGUGACCCUGAACGCGAGGGACCACCGGGGCCUCCUCACGGGGCAGCUCACUGUGGGACCCCAGGCAGUGGAGGUGCACACGCAGCGGUUCGAGGUGUGGAGCCACGAUACACGGAGGCUCCUGUUCUCAGCGGAGGACGACGAGGUCCAGAUUGGGACCGAGAAGCUCAGGGUCACUGGUGUGGAGGGGGCGGUCUUUCAGCACUCUGUGGAAACACCUCACAUCCGAGCAGAACCUUCCCAUGAUCUUCGGCUGGAGUCUCCGACGCGGACGCUCACUAUGGAGGCCCCCCGAGGAGUGGAGAUCAGCGCUGAUGCCGGUGACCUCAGGGCGACUUGCCGGAAAGAUCUGCAGCUCGAGUCCACAGAGGGGGAGAUUUUCCUGAACGCGCACGUGAUCCGCCUUGGCAGUCUACCCAUCGGCACAACGGCUGCCGCUCACGGUUCAACUGUUCCUAAGCAGACGGUGUACGAGCUGUGCGCCUGCCCCAAUGGAAGGCUCUACUUGUCCCCUGCAGAGUUAGAGUCUACCUGCCAGGCCACCAGCAACGUGUGCCUGUGGAGCUGAGUCUGGCCAGACUCUACCCCCCCGACUCCACAAGAAUCCUGGUCACGUCAAGGUGCAGCCCCGGCCACCCUGUGGCCUAUAUUGAGAAGAGCCGGCUGGAUGGCCCAAGAGUCUGGUCUUCCAAACCACAGGGCAUAUAAACCAUCCCUCAGUGGUCGGCGGAAACCCCGCCUCUGAAAAGAGGGCCGAAAUCCUGCGUCUCAUUGGGAACAAAAAGAACCCCAAGACUUGUGUGAAGGGGAU